AUGGAAAUCGCAAUGGCGUUGAAGGCGACCGAGCUCAGAUUGGGAUUGCCGGGCACCGACGACGAAUGCGUUUUUCCCGGCAAGAACAACAAGCGAGCCUCGCCGGAGACGGCGGAGGUUAAUAUCAGCAACGGUUCUAAAGGAAUUUCCGUCAAAUCGGGCGAGACCGAGUCGACUUCGCCAGCUCCCAAGGCCCAGAUAGUGGGGUGGCCGCCGGUGAAGUCCUACCGGAAAAACAAUGUACAAGCAAAGAAGAGUGAGAAUGAGUGGGGGAUGUUUGUGAAGGUGAGCGUGGAUGGGGCGCCAUUCUUGAGAAAGAUCGAUCUGAAGCUCUACACUGGAUAUGCGGAGCUGCUCGAGGCUCUGGAGGCCAUGUUCAAGCUCACCAUAGGCGAGUACUCGGAAAGGGAAGGGUACAAAGGAUCUGAAUAUGCGCCGGCGUAUGAAGAUAAAGAUGGUGACCUGAUGCUGGUGGGGGAUGUUCCAUGGGAAAUGUUUAUGUCAAGUUGCAAGAGGUUGAGGAUCAUGAGAGGCGCAGAAGCCAGAGGAUUGGGUUGUGCUUCUCUGUGA